AUGUUGAGGGAGUUAAAUGACAGAUUUCUAGAGCAAACAGUUGAACUUCUUAUUCUUAGCUCAGCAUUGGAUCCUCGUAAUUCCUUCAAAUCAUUCAAUAUUGGGCAUUUAUGUAAACUUGCUGAGAAAUUCUAUCCUGCUGACUUCAGUCCAAGUGACUUGAAAGCUUUAGAAAUUGAGUUGAGGUUGAUUCAGUUGGUAUUGACUCUUCCUGUUUCUACAGCAACAACGGAACGAGCUUUUUCAUGUAUGAGAAUUAUUAAGAAUAGACUUCGGAGCACCAUAGCUGAUGAAUUCCUUGCUGAUUGCAUGAUUCUCCACAUUGAAAGAGAAUUUGCUAAUAAUAUCGAUAAUGAAGAGAUAAUUGAGGAAUUUAAGAUUUCUAAGCCUCGUAGGGUAAAGUUUUAG